UGAGCAGUUUUUGUGAUGUGAUGUGAUGACAUGGGCUGGAUAAACGCACUGAAUAGAAAAACAGUUGACUUCAAGUGCCUGGAGAAGACAAUCUGUGAUUUUUUUUUUUUUAUUAACUGGGAGAAAACAGUUUACUUCAGCAUAACUGGUUAACGUUUAAUUGAUACAAACAAUCGGUCUGUUUUGGCUUUUUGUCUUAAAUGAAGUGUGACAGUAACUAGUCAAGUCCGUAACUAGCUGAAAUAUCCACGCUGCAGAUUGGAAGGGACUCUGGUCGUUUUGGGGGAACUUCUGUACGACUUUCUGACAUUGCAUUGAUGUCUCUUUUUUUGAGUUAUGCUUUCAAGAAAGAAAAGUAAAAAGGAAGCGUCGACACCAGCCGAUGUACAUGUGAAAUAUGUGAAGAAGGAGACAUCACCACUCCAGAAAACUCUCAUGCCCUCGUUCAUCCGACAUGGACCCACUGUCUCCAGACGCACCGAGGUCCCUCUGCCAGAGCCUGGCCCAGGACCUUCAUCCUACCCCGUGGGACCCAACCCUGAGGUCGCGUUGGCCGACAACAAGAGCUUCCUAAGCUCCCCUGUGCAGAGGCCACCCCACGAGGCGGCUCUGCGGGAACGCCGUCGGAUGUCAGCCCCUCCGUACCUACCUGGAAGCCUGGGGGAUAUAACCCACGAGUUCGGAGGCUCCUCGCAGUCAUUCCUCGCAGACGUGAGCGCCAUGGCUGAGAACACGGAUGCUGGGCUUUACUACUACCCCCUGACUCCGGAGCCUUACUGCGACAGCCAGCAGCAGCAGCAGCAGCAGCAGCAGCAGAGACUGCCUCAGCCACAUCAGCACCCCAGAGCCCCUGACCACUUCCAUGAGGACUAUAGAUGCUAUGAACAUCAAAGACCACCACAACAACACACUCCCUCGGCCCCCAACAGACCGGCAGCAGGUAUCGAUCGAAUGCAGUCCAAGUCUCUGGGGAACCUGUCCAGUCUGAGCUGUGAGGACCUGCCCCGUGGUUGGAUGGUAGACUGGACCAUUAGAGGCAGGAAGUAUUACAUCGACCACAACACCAACACCACCCACUGGUCCCACCCCCUGGAGAGAGAGGGUCUGCCCCCUGGCUGGGAGAAGGUGGAAUCGGCUGAGUUUGGACCCUACUACGUGGACCACCUCUACAAGAGUGCUCAGUAUAGACACCCCUGUGCUCCUAGCGUGCUCCAGUAUGACCAGCCACCCCUGCCUUCUCCCGUUGUAUACCAGCCUCGCCCAGCAGAGAGGGACCAUCCAGUGCUGGUACCAGCCAACCCAUACCACAUGGCAGCGAUCCCUGACUGGCUACAGGUGUACGCCCGUGCCCAGCUCAAGUAUGACCACAUCCUGAAGUGGGAGCUGUUCCAGCUGGUGGAUCUGGACACGUACCAGGGCAUGUUGAAGCUGCUCUUCAUGAAGGAACUGGAGCGCAUCGUCAAGUCCUACGAGGCUUACCGUCACGCCCUGCUGUCUGAGGUGGACCAAAGGAAACCGAGGCAGCAGUGGUACGCUCAGGCCCAGGAGCAGCCAGGAAAGAACUUCACAGGGAACAUGUGAAGUAGGUCAUAUUCACUAGGAAGCAAACAAGACAAAAUGGUGGGGGGGGGGGGCUACCUGGAUUUGUCCAAUGUUUUUGUUCCUAAAUGGGUUGCUACAGUGUGUGCUAAUGAAUAUGACCCUGAACUGACUGGACAGAGGAAUGGAGCCUGUGGAUAGCUGGACCUGGGACUUCAACCCUUCUCGUUCUACAUUGUUCAUAUGAAGUUCAGUCUGUUCCAUUGUCCCACCCCCUUUGAGGUUUUCUAUGGUAAGGGAGUUCCGCCCAUCGGAGGCCUUCUAUGGUAAGGGAGCUCCACCCUCUUGAGGUUUCUACAACAAGAAAGUCUGCCCCUUUGAGGUUUCCGCCCCGGUCGGUCAGGGGUUAAUCUCUUUAUGAUUGACCUCCUUAUUGCCGCCGCCUCUUCACCAAAACGUAUGUUGUCUCCCGUUAUAUCAGCCGAAUGUCCAGAUGCUGCUCACAUCAUGUGGCUACGCAGGCACCUCUCCCUUCGUGAUGAUUCAGGACCAGUGAAGAGAGAACAUGUGAAUGCGCCAAUGAAGAAAGAAAAUGAUACUCCAGCUGGAGAGAGGGAGAAAUGUGUUUCUACUAAAGUCGCUUACAGCAAAUGUCAUCUGAGAACUGGGUUGUGUUCAUUAGGCAACAAAUGGAAGAACAGACUGAAACAUGGAGGGACUACCGGGACUUAAGAAACCAUUUGGUUUUUCCGUUUUCAAAAGGUUUUGCUACAGUGUGCCCCACUGAACACGGCCCUGGGUUGUUGUAUGGAAUCUGUUCUUUUUAUAAAGACUGAAGACGAUCACAGGGUCUUAAAGACCUGUUAGUGUUUGUUUGAAUGUCCAUAAGUGACUAUAAGAUGUACAGACUCUUUUCCUCACAGGAGCAGCACAAUGCCUGUUUAUAUUGCGCUUUGUAAAAUGAUUGCAACUCUGUCACUUUCUUUUUUUUUUCCCAAGUUGGGAGAGAAGGACUGGCAGCUUCACCUUUUUUAUAAAUGUAUGUUUCCAGAAAAAACAUUUAUGGAGCAGAAUUGAUCAUUGUAUUUCUUUGGCAGCAUUUGUAGCCCCUAAAACUGAAGAUUUCUUUAACAAUAAAAAUGUGAUGCAAUGUU